UCUUAGGCUUCCACGCCUUGCUUAUUAUCAUACUAGCCACCAUGAAGCUCCUAUCUCGUCAAGUUCAAGGAUCGUCCGAUUCUUCCUCAAGUCCCGGACAUUCCUCCAGAUCUUCUCAGUUAGAUCCACCAGCAGAUUUGCCAAAUACAAGCCCGAAAGACAAACGACCGACUUGUAGUCCGAGGAAGCGAUCACAGGACUCACUACCCGAUACAGAUUCCUCCCCUCGAAAAAAAUCUAAAUCCCCUCCAGAAGAAAGACCAUUAAUACCUCAAAAUAUCUCCAACUCUUCAACAAUAUCCAACGGUCCAACAAUAUCUGACCUUACAAUACAUAAUUGGCUUGAUAUUCUUGAGGAAGGAGACAUACUAGAAGAAGAAGAAACAUAUUCCUAUUCCGACAUGCCGAAAGGGAGCGGACCUGUCGAUUCGGAAGUUGGUACUGUGAUAACUAGAAACACUGGUAUAUCAACAUGGCUGGAUUUACCAUGGUUUCGACAGAAGACGCUCCGUGAAAAUUCGAUAAAGUUACUGUACAAUAACGAUCCUAUCCCAGAAUGGGUACAAAGUCAUAUCAACAAGAUCAACUCAUACCCCGCCGACAACGCCCCCAACUUCUCUACUAAAUGGAAAAGAUUUCAGGAUACUGUUCACAGCCAAACGAACGAAGCGAUAUUCGAAAAAUCGUACAAUAAAAUGUUGGAUAUACUAGACCGCGAUGAUAAUUGGACCCUGAACCGUAAGGAAAACCAAGAGCUAAUAGUUUGUGAAAUGAAAUCAGGUUUCCAAAAGCAUAGCCUACCUCCUGUAAAGGACAAACCCGAUCUAGUCUAUGGAUACAACAGUUGGAACUCUUUUCCUAAUUUCUACACGCAAUUUGCUCCUACAACUUCAUACGCCAUUAUAUUUCCAUAUUUGGCUAUGGAAUUCAAAGGCCAUUUAGGCCACAUAGUCAAGGCAGAGAACCAAGCUUUUGUUGAUGGUCGCAUCUGCCUCGACACAACUUGGUCUUGUCUAGGGAAUCAUGAUUUUAUCAUCGUUGCUGCUGCCGACCCCAAUCGAUGUCGCAUAUGGGGUAUGUGGCGGACAGUAGAAAAUGAGACAGACGAUCAUGAGGGAGCCCCAGCAUAUUACAUGAAACCUAUCGCGACAUUCGAUCCGCAAUUUAUCGAGGACGCAGAAGAGCUCCGAAACUAUAUAUUCCGAAUCCACCGUUGGGCCCGGGAGUAUAGGUUUCCUCUCAUCGCGGCAGGCGUUAAAAAAUGGGAAGCCGCAGGCCGACCUCGACACAAGUUUAGUCCCGUUGGGCGUUGAGAUGCAAGACCAGGGUACCUAUGCUGCCUAAGUAGUAUACCCUAAGCAAUUGUCCUUGGCAAAACGCGUCUAGAUCUUCGGCUUUUAUCGUAUCUAUUGGUAAUGAGGACUCGAAUGCGUUUUGCUACUUGCUUAUGGAAAUGCGAGCUUACUCGCAUACACAAGGUUUCUUUGUUUCUUUUCUGUUGGCUAUAAGCCAUUCUCACGACGAUUGAUGACGAUGCUGCGGCUUACAUGGGUUAGGGUUUCCCCAGGUUUCCUUGUUGGCUUUUUUUUCAUUGGUUAUGAUCUGAUCUUACCACGAUUGUUAAUCCGUCGG